AACGGGACAUGGGCAGCGGAGAAAGUGAUCCAAAUCCCUAAGAAGAAGGUGAAAGGGUGGCUUCUUGAAGACAUACCAGGUCUCAUCACGGACAUCCUUAUCUCCCUGGACGACAAGUACUUGUAUUUCAGCAACUGGCUCCACGGAGACAUUCGCCAGUAUGAUAUCAGUAACCCUCAGAAGCCCAAACUGGCGGGCCAGGUCUUUCUGGGAGGCAGCAUUGUGAAAGGAGGGCCGGUCACCGUGACGGAGGACCAGGAGUUGGAAUGUCAGCCUGACCCCUUUGUCAUCCAGGGGAAGAGGGUCCAAGGCGGUCCACAAAUGAUCCAGCUGAGCUUAGACGGGAAGAGGCUCUACGUCACCACCUCGCUCUUCAGUGGCUGGGACAAGCAGUUCUACCCCGACAUGGUCAAGGAAGGCUCCGUCAUGUUACAAAUCGACGUGGACACCGAGAAAGGCGGCUUGAAAGUGAACAAGAAGUUCCUCGUGGAUUUCGGGAAAGAGCCGGAUGGGCCAGCCCUCGCCCACGAGAUCCGCUACCCGGGUGGAGACACCACUUCUGAUAUCUGGAUCUAAAGGAAGGCCUUGGUGGAGAAAUGGGGGGGGGGGGUUUGCUGUCGGUCUCUCUCUGUGCCUUCUCUUCUAACUCCAGGUGUGACCGUUAAAUGCUGGCGUGGUGUCAAUCUAGUUGACACUGCAUCGGUUUCACAUUUCCCCUGCUCGCCUAACUUAAGAGAGUCAGUUUUUACCUUUUCGGUGGAGUGGAAUGGAAAGCUAUUCCUGGACUGUACCACCUUCGGCUGCGGGUGAAGGUCGUAUAUUAAAAAGCUCUCGCUUCUAGCAGAAAGAACUUCCUGCGCAUAGAAACCUUAGGCGCUGGAAGAGCUUUCGUGAGUCAGCACUCACUUCUCCAGAUGGAUCAAGACAGGUGGCCGUGUUAGUCUGUCUGUAGCGGUAGAAAAGAGCAAGAAUCCAG